GGCUGUGAAAGUGAAUGAAGAACAUAAUACAUUUACUUAUAUACAUACGUGUACAAUUUACCUAAUUUAAUUAUUUAUUCGACAUUGUUAAAGGUAAAUGGGGCAUUGAAAUUGAAAUCCGAUUUCCACGCUUUGUGUAAUCCCCUUUUGAACUUUGGUGCCAAAAGAAGGGGGUACACACUAGUCGACGGUGAUCCGGCGUAAGCCUCGCUUUUUGAGCAGUUUUAUUUUGAGGGAAGCAGGAUUAAUCAUCAUAGGCAGUAGUUCUUGCGUACGAAAGCGGAAUCAGCCGGAUUCCGACUCAGUGGUUGUGUUAAGAAUUUUUUUCCUGAUAAAUAUAAAUUUGGUUGUAUUGGAUUAUGAAGGCUUGACGAAGGGAAUUUAAUUUGGGUUGUUAUUUUUUCUUCACCAGGACCCGGAAUUUUUCGGGUGGAAUCACAUUGUAAAUGGAUCUCGCCAUGUUUUCUCAAAUAGCCCAAAUCACCGAUCACCUGUUCCUCAGCAGCGCGGCUGCGGUAAAGACCGACAGAGUCCGAAAUUUCGGCAUCACUAACAUCAUAAACCUGACCCUGGAAAUUCCGAAUUUGAACUUACCCAAUCUGGAAUGUAUUCAAAUUCACAUCGAGGACGCACCUCAAGCUAGACUGAGUGCAUACUUCGACAGGUGCGCAGACAAAAUCAACCAAGUGCACAUGCGCGGUGGGCGGACUCUUGUCCACUGUGUUGCAGGGGUUAGUCGAUCUGCCACUAUAUGUAUGGCUUAUUUAAUAAAAUAUCAUCGGAUGACUCUGGAACAGGCUUAUCAGCAUUGUAAAAAACGCAGACCCGUCGUGCACCCCAACGCUGGAUUUUGGCGCCAACUGAUCGAAUACGAGCGUAGACUUCUGGGAAGGAAUUCUGUGAAAAUGGUGUCCUCCUCGAUGGGCAUGAUUCCAGAGGUAUAUAGAGAUGAGUUCCGAAAUAUGGUAUACUUCCCUUCACCCCGGCGCAAUCAUUAUCAUCCGUCUCCGGCGCCUUUCAGAUUUUAACUUCCGUUUGGUGCAUGAUGAGACAUUGUUGAACUUGCAAUCAAGCUGGCUUUGCUUUUGUAUUUUGACUUGCAUAUUCAGUGCAGAAUUUGUGUGUGUUGUAACUUACUUUGUAUUUACAAUAUUAUAAUAAUGCUGCACACUAUUUAAGAUCAUAAUAUGAUAGACUUUAUAUUAAAAGAAAAAUCGUUUUUGGUCAGUUCUACAUGACUGGCUUGCAGUUCCGAUUGGUUUCGCUUUGAAAAUUGAGGCAUGUACUGUUAUAUUUUGAACUUUAAUUUUAUUCUACGUUUAUUUGCAUUUUUUUAAAGGAAUUUUGCAUUUUGACUUGCCUGUUUAUUGCAGUUUUUUUGUUGAGUAUAUAUUUUUUUCUUGCACUUCCUGUAUAUGUACAAAAAUCAUGAUGAUGUCAUAGUAAGAACGUCUUACCCUGCAUAACUUUUAUUAAACGGCAUUUAUUGCAUCUAGUACCACAUAUGUGGUAAAUGUUGAUUAUAUAGCAAUUAAUUAAAGCAAUCUGUUCAGGCCAAAUGACGAUCUUACAGCUGUGAUUUUACGGUUAUUUAAUUUUUUUUUUCAAAUACACGAUAAUUGUGCUAAAUAUAAUGUUUGUUAUCAAUAAGCAAAUAUUUCUGCGUUUGUAGUCCGUGUGGCAAAAUUUAUUAUAUAUAUUUAUACAUGUAUACAUGCGUUAUUAAAGAGCAUUUUUGACGAUGAUGUGAUACAUAGGUACCAGAUUUUUACUUAUUUCUAAUGACGUCAUAGGGCGCAUCUAUUUAUAGUCACCUAUGUUAUAUGUUCUAAAUAUUCUACAUGUAUAUAUAGUUUAUCGUUUUGAAACGUUGUUAUUAAAAUAUUGAGAUUUUU